AACCGGAACUGGAAGCCGGAACAGGUAUGCAAAACCUUUGAAUUACCAGUGAAGAGAACCCGCGCCUUUAUUUAAUCGAGUAUGAAAAAUAAAGCUCGCCAAAGAAAUUCAAAAAUAAGCGGAGACAAAAAUGGAAUCAAUAAAAAUACCAAAGAAAACAGAGACACUCACAUAGUAAAAGAAAACGCCUGUAAAAAUGGGAUAAGCUUAGAACUGUAUGUAUUCCGGACAUUGUUUGCUGUAUUCACGAUUGGUUUACUUGUAUAUGGGUUGUAUAUUUUGAACAGUUCAAAGAACAAUGACAGUGUAAGCACAAGCGAUACUCAUAAAAUUAAAAGUGAAGACAGUUUUGUUGAGUUAGAAUCUGAAGACUCUGAUGAAGCCGUACGAACGAAUGCGGAAAAACCUAAAGAGGAACACUCCGAACAAAACGGAAAUGGGAAGGAUCCUUCAGUGCAUACAAUACCGCCCGUACAGAAGGAAGUGAAAACUGCACCGUCCAAAGUUUCACAAAGUCAGUCAUCGACAACGAACCAAAAUAGCCAAACGUCCACUAAAACUACGAAAAAGCAAUCUAAGAAGAAGGAAAAUGGAGUUAAGGAUUUAAAAACAGAGGCGGAAAACUUCAAACCAACGUAUCUGAAGAAGAUGACCCCGAAAAAAAUAUUCGCCGACGGCCGGCGGCUUCCGCCUGUGGAGUUAUUACCACAGAAACCAAACAACAGCAGUGUCAGGGUAUUUCUUUACGACGAAUUUUUAUCUGAACAAGAAUGUGAUGGACUGAUGAAAGCCCACGAUAGUCAUGUAAAGGAAUCCUCCAAAAUAAAUCCCCUGAUUUGCUUUGACACCAUAGAAACACUGAGAAAACAUCUCAAGGCCGCCCACAAAAGGGUCAAGGUCACUCCUGCUGAUUUUAUACCAGGUACCUUUUGUGUCAAUGAAACAUUUUCUAGACAGCUCUCUGGAUGGUUAAAGUCUAACUGGAGCUAUAGUACAGCAUUUUAUCCGGGCGAAAGUAGAUUCUCGAAGGUUUUUGAAUAUCGAGUCAAAGAAGCGACGCAACUCUUACCAGAAAAUGGCGGGAAAUUUCAAAUUACAAGUUAUCCAGAAGGAAUAGGAUACAAGACUCAUACGGAUUGUGUGGAGGAUAACGUGGAUGAGAGAGACAGAAUGGCUACCAUACUGGUCUACCUUCAGGACGUGGAGGAUGGGGGCGAAACGAAAUUCCCAGAACUGGGUAUUUGGGUGAAACCCCGAAAGGGACGUGCUCUGAUCUGGAACAACAUGAAUGAAGAGGGUAAAUGUGAACCAAUGUCCGUACACAAUGCUGCAGUGGUCAACAAAGGUCACAAAUACAUUAUACAGAGAUGGUAUUACUACAAGAAUUUCUAUUCCCUUGGUAAGCGUCCGCCGGAACCAGAUCUUCCUGCGCGUGCGCCUGGAACACCUCGAGUUAAUUGUGACGAAUAUGAAAAUGGCAGCUGUCGCUGGUACGACGAAUGGAAUUACGAGCAUCUUGUAGAUUACAGAAAUCAAAGAUUAAAUCUCAAAUAAAAUUAAAAACUGUGUGUUCUCAUUCCUUUCAAAAAUUGAAGGAUUUUACAAAUGAUCUUUAAUAACACCAAGUCUUUGCUUCUGAAUUUAAGAAACAACAAAAAAAGAUCCUUAAAAAUCGUAAAUGUAAAUUUG